AUGGCCACGUAUUCUUCUUUAAAUAAUUCGUGGCAGCAGCUCUACACAAAGGGUAAUAACAUGAAGGUGCCCGAGAGGGAACUUCUGACCAGGAGCGGUGUGUACCUGAAAAAGAGGCCCGAACCGGAGGUGGUGGAGCACAUGUUGGACGAAUUGGAAACGAAAAUGAGGAACUACUUCAUCCUCUAUAACAGAGAGAGAGAGUUCAGGAAAAAAUCUGAAGAAAACUGCUACAGACUGGAACAGGAAGUGCUUAACUACAAGCAGAAGCUGGAGGAGUCGAAUAAUAAGUUCCACUGCAUGGAGAGGAAGGUCAAAUCGAUGGUGGACCAGCCGCUGAAGCUGAAGGAAACCAUCGAGAGAAUCGAACUCCUGUACAACCAGAUGGACACGCUGAUCCAGGCGUUCGUGGGCAUUGGAAGCUGCGCCGUGAUACAGGGCUACAGCAGAGUCGCGUUCAUUAAGCUGUGCUUGGAGUACCUGUACCCCUGCAGGGAGCUGGACAUAAGACUGAACACACUCUACAACGCCCUCUACAGCGUGCUCAUCCAGUACGACGGGCUCGAGGUGACCAAGAACGAGCUGUUGAAGCCGAUGACGUACCAAGAGACCCAGGAAAAGACUAAACUGACGGGGAUUUCAGUGAAGGUACACCGACUGAUGCUCAAGUGCGACUUGCCGGAGACGCAGAGCUUCGGGUGCUUCUUCAGGUACGAUAAUGAGCCGAAGGAACUGAGGGCCACAGAGUUUUCGAGGUUCAUAUCAGUGGGAGUGAAGCCCAUGGACAACGCGUCGAAGGUGUACGAGUUCAACUCACUGAUUCAGCACAACACGCUGCCUCCCAAGGUGCCAAACGUGGUUCCGAAGCUCGUUCUUGACAUUUAUGCUGACAGCCUACUGGUAGGCUCAGCAGAGGUGAGCCUCAUAUCAGACAAAACGCUGAAGCCAUCUGAGCCGUGGAACGUGCUAGACUCGAACGGUAUGAACUGCGGAGACGUAGUGGUCACGGUGAUCCCAAUGCCUCAGGACGCGAAGCUGCCGGCAGUUAACUUCAGAAACAAGACGGACGAGCUAGUCAGCGAGACCAAGACAACGCUGGAUCAGCAGAUAAGAAAGCCAGGGUCCACCAUGGGUGAAAUCGCCGAACCCACUCGACCGAACACGGAUUUGGGAAAGCAGCCGGAGACAACGCCGCAAACCAGCAAGGCGUCAGAGCCUAAAUCGGAGCAGAACAAGCCCUUUGAGCCUAAGACGACCCCAGCAGUAAGAAAGCCGCUGUUCAACCCGAAGGCUGGCGCACCAGGUAAACAGGGGCAGUCGAAGGGGCAGGCGAAGGGCUCCUCCUCAAACGUCUCGAGGCUCUCGCUGAUGUUCGCGAGAAAGAAAAACAACCAACAGGGCGAGGAAACAUCCGAAACUCCAGAUGGAAACGCUCCAACACCAGAGGCUGCCACUUCACAGCAAGCUCCCCCUGCACCAAAAGAUACUCAAAAUGGCAGCAGUCAGCCCGCAAAGGCUGAGACAGUUGAAAGGAAGCCGAGCAGUAAACUCUUGCCUCCAGAGCUGCCGAACAGCGACAGAGACGUGAACGAGCUCCAAAGACAGAGGACCAACAUCAAGGACAUGAUCAUAAAGAAGCUUAGCAGCAGGCAACUUUCAAAGGACAGCAUGACCGAGGAACAGCCGAAGCCAAGUGCGCCCCAGCCAAAGGCCGAAACCACAAGCACUGGACAAACCAAACAGGAAAAGGCUGAGGAUACGCCGCCAAAGCCGGUCGAAGAGCCUGAAGGGACUCAGGAGAGUCCGGAGCCGAAGCAGAAGAGCGCACCUCAGCAAAGUCAGCCAGUCAUGGAGCAGCCGAGCCCAACUCCAGUUCAACCAGCUCCUCCAGCUCCUCCAGCUCCUCCAGCGGCAGCGCCGACAGUUCCGACCAAGGCGGCAAAACUUCCCCCGGAACCAGUACGUAAAGCAGUCCCGAAAAUGCCGCUGAGUCAACCCGUGGUUGAAACUCAGAAGGAGCCGGGAGAUCAACUGCCAGAAAAGCCGCUCGUGCCAAUAACCAUCACGCCAAAACUGUUAAAAAAGCCAGCACCCAAGAAAAAGUAA